GGGGAGAAGGAAAAAAAAACCCAAACCUGGCAAAACCAAACAAGCAGCCCUCGCCCCUUUGAAAAGAGGUGUUUGCAAUUAAUCUCGCCCGCUUUGUGCCUGAGAUCUUAUGUUUCUUAAAAAAAGGGAGGCGAAACAAAACAUUAGAUCCAUGCGAAGGGCCCCCAAAAAAAGAGAAACCCGCUUCCUAAAAAGAGUGGAAGGCGAAAAAAUGGUCGAAAAACGUUGAAAGAAGCUCCCGUUCCUUAUUAGGCGAAGAUACAAUAUUUAUUCCUUGUCUCCUGGGAUGAAGCUGCUCUAUCUAUUGUCCUCCCAGUUCUCAGUGCUGAUGCUUAAUUUUCAAAACUUCGAUAUUACCAAGGGACCUACGACAUCAGCCAAAGAAAUACCCAGCAAGUACAAAAUCUGAUCCGGGGAGCUGCCUUUGUGCAGAGGGGGAAAUUGUUCCUACAGGUUUUGAAAAGACCGUUCGGUGGAGGCGAGGAGAAGCCGGCGAGCUGGGCUAGGGAGGAAGGAAAGAAGGGAAGGAAGCAAGGCUUUGUCUCUUUAGAGGGGAGAAGCCUCUCGCCACCCCUUUAGAUUAUUCUCACAUCUGGGGGAACACGGGAAACGCCUGGAUUUUUAUUAGUAUUAUUAUUCUAUUAUUAUAUUAUUAUUAUAUUUUAAACUAUUUGAUGGUGGUUUGAAAUUGGGAGAAAGGAUUUCGUCUUGAGCCUCCAAAAUGUCAACUACCUUUCCGGGACUCGUCCACGAUGCGGAGGUAUGAAAAAGACAGAAAGAAACAGAGAGAGAGAGAGAGAGACAGAGAGUGUGUGUUGUGUGAGUGUGUGGAUGCGUGCGCGCUUCGGGCGUGUGUGUGCCUCUGUCUACCAGGAAGAGAGCCCAAGUGUUGCCUGCCUUUUCCUCGCCGCGGUUUGUUUUUCCACUCCUUUUUUUUGGUAUAUGUGUGCGUGCUGCUUAAUCCACCUCGGACCGUUACAUUUAAUUAUAAUCCGGCUUCAGAGAGAACCUCGGAGAAGGCAAGGGCGAAAAUUCGUUAUGACAUCUGUCGCCGGGAAAGGGGCGACGCCAUUGCCGCGCUCGACGGGGGAAAGAAGAAGCCUCGACCACGGCAUCCGAGGGGAAGGGGGCGGGUUCCCGUAACCGCGGUUCCGACUCCGGGCGGGAAAAGGGGUCCAAGUGGGGCGGACGAGGAAGAUCCGCCAUGACGGCUCCAACAGCUACCGCUUGAUGCAGCUGGGCUGCCUGGAGUCCGUGGCCAACUCCACCGUCGCCUACUCCUCCACCUCGCCGCUGACCUACUCGGCCACCGGCACCGACUUCGCCUCGCCCUACUUCUCGGCCAACCCGCACCAGUACACGCCGCUGCACCACCAGUCCUUCCACUACGAGUUCCAGCACGGGCACCCGGCCGUGGCCCCGGACGCCUACUCGCUCAACUCGCUCCACCACUCGCAGCAGUACUACCAGCAGCUGCACCAUGGCGAGCCCGGGGACUUCCUCAACCUGCACAACGCGCGCGCCCUCAAGUCCUCGUGCCUCGACGAGCCGCCGCCCCGGCGCGAGCUGGGCUGCCUCGACGCCUACCGCCGCCACGACCUCUCGCUCAUGAGCCACGGCUCCCAGUAUGGCAUGCACCCCGACCAGAGGCUCCUGCCCGGCACCAGCCUCGGACUCGCCGCCUCCGGAGCCGACGAGCUGCAGGGCUCUGUGGAAGCCCAGUGUGGACUCAUGCUGAACGGCCAAGGAGGGGUGAUAAGGAGAGGUGGCACAUGUGUAGUUAACCCCACGGAUCUCUUUUGCUCUGUUCCUGGGCGCUUAUCUUUACUCAGCUCCACUUCCAAAUACAAAGUGACCAUCGCAGAGGUGAAGAGACGCUUGUCGCCCCCAGAAUGUCUCAACGCCUCUCUGUUGGGUGGCAUUUUGAGAAGAGCAAAAUCCAAGAAUGGAGGACGUUGCUUACGAGAAAAACUGGACAGACUGGGUCUCAAUUUGCCUGCUGGAAGAAGGAAAGCAGCCAAUGUCACCCUCUUAACAUCCUUGGUAGAAGGAGAAGCUUUACAUUUGGCCAGGGAUUUUGGCUACACGUGUGAAACGGAAUUCCCAGCCAAAGCAGUUGGGGAACAUCUUGCAAGGCAGCACAUGGAACAGAAGGAACAGACAGCAAGGAAAAAGAUGAUCUUAGCAACCAAGCAAAUAUGUAAAGAAUUUCAGGACCUGCUAAGCCAAGAUAGAUCACCUUUGGGAUCCUCAAGACCCACUCCAAUAUUAGACCUUGACAUCCAGAGACAUUUAACACAUUUCAGUUUGAUCACUCAUGGCUUUGGAACUCCAGCUAUAUGUGCUGCCCUCAGCACUUUCCAAACUGUUCUCAGUGAAAUGCUGAACUACUUGGAAAAGCACACAGCGCACAAAAAUGGUGGAGCAGCAGAAUCUGGCCAAGGACAUGCCAACUCAGAGAAGGCCCCCCUGCGGAAAACUUCAGAGGCUGCUGUGAAAGAGGGCAAAACAGAAAAGACAGACUAGUUACAUCAAACAGAAUCUAUUUCCAGAGAACCUUCCUGCUGAUAUUUUUUUAAAACAUAUAUCUAUCUAUAUAUAUCUAUCUAUAUCUAUAUCUAUAUAUCUGAUUGAGGGUGACUUCACUCCACUGGACCAAACCGACUGGGGAAAGAAAAUGUGUGGUUUUUUUCAAGCUCACCAGCCCUAGCAACCAGGAGGACCAUGAUGUAGAGUAACCAUAUGAUGGAGUUGUUGUCACUUUUUAAAAGCAUUGCUCUCCAACCUUCAUUCUGUGUGUGCGUAUGAGUGUGUGAGUGUGAAUGUGUGCACAUUUAAUCAUCGUUGCAAAUGAGGCUCUGACACCAUUUAUUUCUUAGAGCUUCCAGACAUGGAAGAAGCAGCACAAUACUAAUUUGUUCUAUGACAGUCCUGAAACACUUUAGUGAUUGGACAGUGCCACCGGAAACUAAGAAAAUAUGACAUCAUGGGUUAUGCAGCUCCUGGUGUCACAUCACCCAUUCAAUAGAUGAAACAGGAAAUAGAGCAUCUUUCUGUUGCUCUUGAGAGACAAUAUGGAAGAAUACCUGGAAUGAGAAAUGGAAGAACCCGAAGGCCUUGAGAAGCAAACAUUGUUUUGGUGGGACUGAAUACUGAAGUCUGGGGGUUUAUGGGAAAUCCAUGUCAAGACUAUGCCCGUCAAGUCUUUCUUUUUCAAUGAGCACCUUUGGUAUUUUUCUCUUGGGUGGUGGCUCAGAUUAAAGGGUCCUGAUGGUUGAGGCCAUGGUCAUUAUCACUCUGGUUAAGAGACAUCAGAAUCCAUAAUACUUUGACCUUUUGAUCAUCUCCCACUUCCCUGCUAUCCUUGGUCUCAGUAUCUAAAUUCCAAAUUUGCAGAAAGGCACAUGCUAUUGCAUGCUCUGCUAGGUUAAAAGAGGUGAAUGGAAAACCCUAUUACAUUGGCUUGAAACUUCCAUCUCUGCUAGUCAUGCCUUUAAGAAUUUUAGUAAUCUAGCCAUGAAUGACAGCUCUAUUCAGAGGUUCCCCAGAAGAAUGUAGAAGGUGAACCAGUAUUUUUCCAAGGUGCCCUGUACACUUUUGGUGUUAUACCUAAAAAGCCUAUACUUGGGAGGUUUAUCUAAGUAGGCCCAAAUAUCACAUCAGAAACACCUCAUAUCUGUUAUAGACAUAGUGGUGACUGACCACAUCUGGCAUCAAGUUAAGGUCAUCAGGCCAGAACAGGCAGCAUUAUACUUCCAUUCACACUCAGUCAAAGAAUGUCUGAAUGUUUCAGACAUUUUAAGCUAUUCUAUUUGGGUUAUGUCAAAUCAGGCAAUAAAGAACCCUAUUAGUUGUAGUAUGGAAUCACAAAAUACCCUUCCUUAAACAACAUACUGCAUUAACCAGUAUGUUCCUUUCUUCUAAGAAUCUUAUACUCAUAACAUAAUAUAACGGCUAUACCCCCAUAGAAUUACCCAAAUACAGAGGGUAAUUAACCUUUCAUUAAAGACCAAUAGAACAUAACAUGGAUCAUAUAUGUAGCAGGAUUGCUCAUUUUGAAGCCUACCUUUGUGUCUUUAACAGCGCCUAUAUUAUCCAGAAUUAUAAGGUUAACCUCGACUUUUUGCCCCAUGCAGAAUUCAUGUGGAACCUAGUCUAACAUUUGGCAGUCCUUUAUGUCUGGUAAUAUGUAUAAGGUAUCUGAGAUGGUACAGUAUUGCACAUUCUGUAACUCAUGCCAUUGUAAACCAACAGAACUGGUUUUGAUAAUACAAGUUUAGUAUCCCUUAUCUGAAAGGCUUGGAUUUUUCCAGAUUGUGGAAUAUUUGCUAAUAGAUAAUGAUAUAUCUUGGAGAUGGGAAUUAAGUUUAAACACAAACUGUAUUAUUUAUGUUUUAUGUGCAUCUUGUACACACAGCCUGGAGGUAAUAUUAUGCACAAUAUUUUAAAUAAUGUGUGCAUGAAACAAACGUUUGUUGUUCAUUGAACCAUCAGAAAGCAAACAUGUUUCAAUCUCACACUCCCCCACAAAAAAUGUAGACAAUUUUGGAUUUUGAAGCAUUUUGACUUUCUAGAUAAGGGAGACUAAAUUCUAACUUCGUUCAAAAGGUACCUCCCCAAUUGACCUAUGACCAUGUACACUGGCAAUGCUGGCAAUGGAAGUCUGGCAACUAAUUUAAAAACAAACAUUUACAGACUGCAGUUCAAACAUAUUAGCUCAUUGGAGUGUUUUAUUUGCGUGGAUAAUGUAACAUUAGUCCUGUGACUCCAACUGAGAUCAUAGCCUUUGUUCUGUACACUGGAAAAAAUAGCAAGUUGUGAUUUUCCAGUCUAAUAUUAAAAAGGGGUGGGUGAUUUUGGAUAUGUUUGCUCAUUUAAACAAAGUGAUGGGUUUCAUGGGGAUGGGGUGCUGAUGAAGACUUCUGACCCCAAAAUUCAUUGGUUUACUCUAGGUGAUUUCGUUUUUUUCAAUACAGAUGCACAGAAUAAUAGUGCCAAAUAUUCACAGUGAUCUGUGUUAAAAGUUUGUUCACCUCAUUGUGAUCUCAGUUUAGGAAAGAGCAAUGAAACAUAUCCAGGAACAUAAUGUAGAAGGGUUGCUCAUUUUGAACCCAAUCCUUGUCUUUUUAGCAGUGGACAGAUGAUUCAUGAUAAGCACAAUAAGUAUAAGGAGAGUGGGAGACAAGUUUGCCGAUGCAGUAAUUUUUUCCAAAUGGAGUGAUAAUCAGAAAUCCCAAAAGGUAUAAUCAUGAUGCCAUCAAAAUCAGUAACACUACAACCAAAGUAUGCAGACCUACAUUUUAGUUUGUUGUAACGUAACUAAAAUUGUACUUAAUGUUUGAUUGUGUAAAUGUUGUGGCUGCCCUCCAACCUAUUUGAACAAAUUGUAUCGUUGGAUCCAGAAUUCAAAUGAACAAUCUUGAUUUCUUGUUAAAAUGAUGGUAAUAUUCUGUAUAGAACAAGGGAUGUGAUUCUCCAGCCAGCUUUAGGCCAUUAGUCACAUUAUUGUUGUGACAAACAGACAUUAAUAGUUGGGUCUCACCGUUGCUGCUUUGGCACAUUAUGGACCUUAUCACAUUGGGAUAUAAUCUGUUUAUAUCAGUAUGCAUCCCAUAUUUUUUUAGGACUGGAUGCAUACUGAAUUAAAGACGGGAUGCAUGCUCUCCCCAUCACACCUGAUUAUUACAAUUCUUACGAUCUGAAAAGACUGUGUUUUGACUCAUCACACCACGAAAGACUGAUUCCUCCCAAUCCAUUCAAAACACCACCUACAUCACUCUGACCCUUUUAAAAGUAUCAUUGCUAAUGGAAUACAUACAGAUUUUCCUAUCAUACACAAAAACAGCGCUUCAACAACAAAAAAUCCAUAGUAUUUCAAAAAACAUGAUUAAAAUUCCAUCUGCAAACAAUCCAUUUUUGCGAUGCUUUGCAGAUGGAUUCCGACAGAAUACUGACCGGAUGGGGCAAAUGUCACAUGAUGAGACCCAGUUGAAAUCAUUCUCAGCCUCAGAAACAGAGUAUUUCCUAAUGUGAUAAAGUCUUAUUUGAAAUGUUCAAGAGUGAGUUAAAUACUUCUUUCAAUCAAAAGGGAUGCCAAGCCAGAUUUUUUUUGUGAAGGGUCUCACAACUUAAUCAGAUCACUGAAUUUAAAAAGGGCAAAAAGUAUCUUUGCCAAGAAAAAAAUAUUGCUGAUUUUGAGAUAUUCUCUCCCCUACCAUUGGUUCAUAUUCAGGACUCUCAUGAGGGCUAACCAUUAGGUAUAUAAAAACUGUCUUGUUACUUUUCUUGUUCAUCUUCAUCAUCACCAUCUCUUUUCUCCAACUGACAGAACAUCCAUACUUAGGGCCUGUUUUAGGUGGACUCUACGGAUGUGUAAAACAAGUGUUUAAAAAAUAUUUUGGUUUUGUUUUCAAUCAGUUACACUUGUCAGAAAACUGGAGGUGGUCUACAGCCUGAAUGUUGCGUAGCUUGAGGGCUCCUUGAGCGUUCAGUGGCAAACAGUGGUGGUGGUCGUGCAAUGUGUGAAGCGUCACUCUUCCAGCUCUGAUAUGAUGUCCUAAAAAUAAUAUAACCAAUUGCAGUGUACAGUUUUUGCAAACCUCUAUGUAAAUACCAUCCAUGGUUGAUAUCUUUUGAAAUGUCAUCACAGGCAUGAUUGUUUUAUAGAAGCACUAAUCGAGGGGCAUCCUGUUCUUGAUUUGCAAAUUUAGAGCCCUGCCCCAUGUAGCCCUGAAUGAUGUGAUUUUCAAUAUAUAUUUUCGAUACAUGUGUACAUAUAUAUUGAAAAUAAGACAAAACUUUUUGCUCUGGAAAUUGACAAAUCGGAAAGGGCUGCCUAUUAAAACAAACAAAUCUGAGUUUUUCUUAAUAUUCAAAGAGGUAACUUGGUUUUUCUAAUUGUUUCAUUCUAAAAAGGCUAGGUGAGCUGGUAGUGAGAAAAUCCAGGCCAACAAAAAUGAUACUGAAAGUUUGCAAUUUCAAAUGUUCCCUAAAGGGAUUGGUCCUGAUGGCCCAUAAAGCUCCUUCUUCCAAGUCUUGAUCCAAUGAUUCCUCUUUAGCUGUCUUGUGGUCAGUGUAUAAGUGCUGGCUGGGAAGAUGAGGUCAUUUUCCUACAUGAGAUAAAGGUCAGGUGUCAAUUUCUUUUACUGAUAGUAAUUUUGAACAGUUACUUCUCUUUUUGUACGAUGGGUUCUGUUCUGUAUAGCAGUUGUUGUGAUUGUACUUAAAUGUGAGUGAGCACUUGGUCACAAGCAAAGCAAAGAUCAUUGUUUCUCUCCCUCCCCCUAAACAAUGCAACAAAGUGGUAAAAUGCAUCUGCCGUUUUCUUUUCUGUUUCUUCUAUAACUUCUCCAUGAGACAUGAAUCUCUGAAGAUGAUGACCACAUUUAAGUAAACAUUUCACGGCAAUAAAAUCUAUGUUGAUUUAUGCA